AGUUCGCUGCAGCUCUAGCGAGAGGUGGCAGCGGAGGGUCGCAGCUCCCAGAGAGUUCCUGUAAGGAGCCAUGGAGCGCUGUGGCACUGCUGGAUUCCGAAAUCCAAACGCACUGCUGAGCAUAGCGGGGAAGAGCGGAGAGCUCCGACCCGGAGGACGGAAAGUUGGAGCAGGCGGUAGCAGGCUGCUGGACCUCCCACUCGGGGUCAAAAUCCCUGUGCAGCCUGGCACCAAGCCUGUCUUCUGCAGGACAAAGCUGGGGGAAAAGCUUCACCAGCCUUCUCCUCAUUUUGAUCUGGGAGAUCCGUACUGUCGCCGUCUGCGCACAGAAUACAACAGCCUGCAUGACCCACAUCUGCAGGACUACCACAACCGCCAAGACAACCUGCAGAACCUGAAGAAAAGGGGCUUAGUCACCAACGAUGGCAAAGUGGUCUGCACUCUGAAAGAGUUCAAUGAGUACAGGCAGUACCUGACCAGGCUGAAGCUGGAGCGCGAGCAAACACAGAGGCGAGAAGAGCUCCGACCCGGAGGACGGAAAGUUGGAGCAGGCGGUAGCAGGCUGCUGGACCUCCCACUCGGGGUCAAAAUCCCUGUGCAGCCUGGCACCAAGCCUGUCUUCUGCAGGACAAAGCUGGGGGAAAAGCUUCACCAGCCUUCUCCUCAUUUUGAUCUGGGAGAUCCGUACUGUCGCCGUCUGCGCACAGAAUACAACAGCCUGCAUGACCCACAUCUGCAGGACUACCACAACCGCCAAGACAACCUGCAGAACCUGAAGAAAAGGGGCUUAGUCACCAACGAUGGCAAAGUGGUCUGCACUCUGAAAGAGUUCAAUGAGUACAGGCAGUACCUGACCAGGCUGAAGCUGGAGCGCGAGCAAACACAGAGGCGAGAAGAGCUCCGACCCGGAGGACGGAAAGUUGGAGCAGGCGGUAGCAGGCUGCUGGACCUCCCACUCGGGGUCAAAAUCCCUGUGCAGCCUGGCACCAAGCCUGUCUUCUGCAGGACAAAGCUGGGGGAAAAGCUUCACCAGCCUUCUCCUCAUUUUGAUCUGGGAGAUCCGUACUGUCGCCGUCUGCGCACAGAAUACAACAGCCUGCAUGACCCACAUCUGCAGGACUACCACAACCGCCAAGACAACCUGCAGAACCUGAAGAAAAGGGGCUUAGUCACCAACGAUGGCAAAGUGGUCUGCACUCUGAAAGAGUUCAAUGAGUACAGGCAGUACCUGACCAGGCUGAAGCUGGAGCGCGAGCAAACACAGAGGCGAGAAGAGCUCCGACCCGGAGGACGGAAAGUUGGAGCAGGCGGUAGCAGGCUGCUGGACCUCCCACUCGGGGUCAAAAUCCCUGUGCAGCCUGGCACCAAGCCUGUCUUCUGCAGGACAAAGCUGGGGGAAAAGCUUCACCAGCCUUCUCCUCAUUUUGAUCUGGGAGAUCCGUACUGUCGCCGUCUGCGCACAGAAUACAACAGCCUGCAUGACCCACAUCUGCAGGACUACCACAACCGCCAAGACAACCUGCAGAACCUGAAGAAAAGGGGCUUAGUCACCAACGAUGGCAAAGUGGUCUGCACUCUGAAAGAGUUCAAUGAGUACAGGCAGUACCUGACCAGGCUGAAGCUGGAGCGCGAGCAAACACAGAGGCGAGAAGAGCUCCGACCCGGAGGACGGAAAGUUGGAGCAGGCGGUAGCAGGCUGCUGGACCUCCCACUCGGGGUCAAAAUCCCUGUGCAGCCUGGCACCAAGCCUGUCUUCUGCAGGACAAAGCUGGGGGAAAAGCUUCACCAGCCUUCUCCUCAUUUUGAUCUGGGAGAUCCGUACUGUCGCCGUCUGCGCACAGAAUACAACAGCCUGCAUGACCCACAUCUGCAGGACUACCACAACCGCCAAGACAACCUGCAGAACCUGAAGAAAAGGGGCUUAGUCACCAACGAUGGCAAAGUGGUCUGCACUCUGAAAGAGUUCAAUGAGUACAGGCAGUACCUGACCAGGCUGAAGCUGGAGCGCGAGCAAACACAGAGGCGAGAAGAGCUCCGACCCGGAGGACGGAAAGUUGGAGCAGGCGGUAGCAGGCUGCUGGACCUCCCACUCGGGGUCAAAAUCCCUGUGCAGCCUGGCACCAAGCCUGUCUUCUGCAGGACAAAGCUGGGGGAAAAGCUUCACCAGCCUUCUCCUCAUUUUGAUCUGGGAGAUCCGUACUGUCGCCGUCUGCGCACAGAAUACAACAGCCUGCAUGACCCACAUCUGCAGGACUACCACAACCGCCAAGACAACCUGCAGAACCUGAAGAAAAGGGGCUUAGUCACCAACGAUGGCAAAGUGGUCUGCACUCUGAAAGAGUUCAAUGAGUACAGGCAGUACCUGACCAGGCUGAAGCUGGAGCGCGAGCAAACACAGAGGCGAGAAGAGGAAAAGCUUCAUCAGGAGUUGUCCAAAUUGAAAAAAUCUGCCCGCAGACUAAUGAUGGAUGUGGACGAGCUCCCGUCCCGUCCUGUGGAGUACAUUGUGGGCAGUCCACUGCAGCCUCACAAACCAGCUGGGCCCUCUCCUUCAUGCCUUAAUCUCCAGUCUGGCCAACGCAGAAGAAGGAAGGUGGCUUUGAUGCAGCACGGCCUUCAGGGAGACUCAAAGAGCACAGGACGUGCAGUGAAGCUGCCCGAGAAGUUGCCCAAACCUGAGUUGGGCAGGGAAGGCUCCAAACUCCCCAGAAGCAUCCCUACCGUUGCUGCCUCAACAACAAAUCCACAGUUCCCCAGAGAUCGCACAUUCAGAGCGAUGUCUAAACAACAAGCCCAGCAUCUUCAAGAGGUGACUGGGACUGUGUUCAAAGAAGUAACAGGGAAGUUGAAGGCAAUGGAUCAGCCUGCCUGCUCCUCAAGGAGGGCUCCCCAGAAGAACGGGCAACGAGUGCUUAGGAGUGCCAAAAGAGCAGAGCCUUCAGAGAUGCCACCUUUAAGUCACAAGCAGGAAAUUGCACUGCUGGCCUGGAAUGUUGCAGGGAAGAUAGUGAAGAAAGUUUGGAAGUAGAAUUCCUUUGAACCCAGCACAUCCAGUGCACCUGAGCCAAGGCCAGCAGCCAGGCUGUGGGAGCAGUCCAUUGCUGGGAUGACCUGCAGAACAGGAAAACCCAAGGAAGGGAAGGAAGCCUCUGACAAAGCAUCCUCGCAGGCUUCCCUCCACAAAGCCACCUGAGAAGCCGCUGGAAGUGUUUCCAGCGUGUUGCAAUCCUUUGUAGCUUCUCCCUCGGAGGAAGACUUCUGCUGCAAACAUUCUGAAACCGUGGAGCUUCCCAUCAACCGUCUCUCUCAGAGGCAGCCGCAGCCAUCCCAGGUGCCUCUGUCGUGGCAGAGCCGGAAGGAAGGACGAGGCUCAUCAGAAGAGCAGAGCCCAGCAACAAGCCAGAGAGAAAAGCUGCCCAUGAUCCAACCAGUACCGAGCGCUGCUGAGGUCUCACAUCUGAGCUGCAGCAUUUGUCAGCAGUUUAUGGGCUGGUUUGGCCCGGUUCCGUAACUAAUGAUCCCGGUCCCUUUGAUCGCCGAUCUCAGCUGCCUCGGAGCCGUCUCGGACGGAUCAGCAGCGACCGACCGCGUGGUUCAAAGGGAUUUUGGACAGUUCCUUCCCUCAGGGAACCUCGGUGCCAACGAAGCAGCCCGGCAGCUCUCACGAGAGCGGCUGACGCAGCGCGUGGGCGUUGCCUGGGCAACGGCGGGAGAUUUCAACGGGCUCCAAACCCGGAAGAAGCCCUUUGAUCGCCGAUCUCAGCUGCCUCGGAGCCGUCCCGGACGGUCAGCAGCGACCGACCGCGUGGUUCAAAGGGAUUUCGGACGGUUCCUUCGCUCAGGGAACCCCGGUGCCAACGAAGCAGCCCGGCAGCUCUCACGAGAGCGGCUGACGCAGCGCGUGGGCGUUGCCUGGGCAACGGCGGGAGAUUUCAACGGGCUCCAAACCCGGAAGAAGCCUGGUGGGCCAGGCCCUGAGGCAUGGAAAGAACAACCCAGCUCAGGGCUGAGCUAGCACAGCGUGCCGGUGUGCAGGUGACCUGGAAAGUUGCUUGCUUGCAAACAGAGCACUGUGGCAGCCGUUCUCUCCUGCCCUCAUUGCACGGCUGAAACAGAGUGCUGGCCCCCAUCUGCAUAAAGCAUCAGCACGCAGGGCGGGAGGUACUUUCUGCGACAUGACCAGGCCUAAACCCACUCUUCCUAAACCUGCUGUUCCCUUCCAGGAAAAGCUUCAUCAGGAGUUGUCCAAAUUGAAAAAAUCUGCCCGCAGACUAAUGAUGGAUGUGGACGAGCUCCCGUCCCGUCCUGUGGAGUACAUUGUGGGCAGUCCACUGCAGCCUCACAAACCAGCUGGGCCCUCUCCUUCAUGCCUUAAUCUCCAGUCUGGCCAACGCAGAAGAAGGAAGGUGGCUUUGAUGCAGCACGGCCUUCAGGGAGACUCAAAGAGCACAGGACGUGCAGUGAAGCUGCCCGAGAAGUUGCCCAAACCUGAGUUGGGCAGGGAAGGCUCCAAACUCCCCAGAAGCAUCCCUACCGUUGCUGCCUCAACAACAAAUCCACAGUUCCCCAGAGAUCGCACAUUCAGAGCGAUGUCUAAACAACAAGCCCAGCAUCUUCAAGAGGUGACUGGGACUGUGUUCAAAGAAGUAACAGGGAAGCUGAAGGCAAUGCAUCAGCCUGCCUGCUCCUCAAGGAGGGCUCCCCAGAAGAACGGGCAACGAGUGCUUAGGAGUGCCAAAAGAGCAGAGCCUUCAGAGAUGCCACCUUUAAGUCACAAGCAGGAAAUUGCACUGCUGGCCUGGAAUGUUGCAGGGAAGAUAGUGAAGAAAGUUUGGAAGUAGAAUUCCUUUGAACCCAGCACAUCCAGUGCACCUGAGCCAAGGCCAGCAGCCAGGCUGUGGGAGCAGUCCAUUGCUGGGAUGACCUGCAGAACAGGAAAACCCAAGGAAGGGAAGGAAGCCUCUGACAAAGCAUCCUCGCAGGCUUCCCUCCACAAAGCCACCUGAGAAGCCGCUGGAAGUGUUUCCAGCGUGUUGCAAUCCUUUGUAGCUUCUCCCUCGGAGGAAGACUUCUGCUGCAAACAUUCUGAAACCGUGGAGCUUCCCAUCAACCGUCUCUCUCAGAGGCAGCCGCAGCCAUCCCAGGUGCCUCUGUCGUGGCAGAGCCGGAAGGAAGGACGAGGCUCAUCAGAAGAGCAGAGCCCAGCAACAAGCCAGAGAGAAAAGCUGCCCAUGAUCCAACCAGUACCGAGCGCUGCUGAGGUCUCACAUCUGAGCUGCAGCAUUUGUCAGCAGUUUAUGGGCUGGUUUGGCCCGGUUCCGUAACUAAUGAUCCCGGUCCCUUUGAUCGCCGAUCUCAGCUGCCUCGGAGCCGUCUCGGACGGAUCAGCAGCGACCGACCGCGUGGUUCAAAGGGAUUUUGGACGGUUCCUUCCCUCAGGGAACCUCGGUGCCAACGAAGCAGCCCGGCAGCUCUCACGAGAGCGGCUGACGCAGCGCGUGGGCGUUGCCUGGGCAACGGCGGGAGAUUUCAACGGGCUCCAAACCCGGAAGAAGCCCUUUGAUCGCCGAUCUCAGCUGCCUCGGAGCCGUCCCGGACGGUCAGCAGCGACCGACCGCGUGGUUCAAAGGGAUUUCGGACGGUUCCUUCGCUCAGGGAACCCCGGUGCCAACGAAGCAGCCCGGCAGCUCUCACGAGAGCGGCUGACGCAGCGCGUGGGCGUUGCCUGGGCAACGGCGGGAGAUUUCAACGGGCUCCAAACCCGGAAGAAGCCUGGUGGGCCAGGCCCUGAGGCAUGGAAAGAACAACCCAGCUCAGGGCUGAGCUAGCACAGCGUGCCGGUGUGCAGGUGACCUGGAAAGUUGCUUGCUUGCAAACAGAGCACUGUGGCAGCCGUUCUCUCCUGCCCUCAUUGCACGGCUGAAACAGAGUGCUGGCCCCCAUCUGCAUAAAGCAUCAGCACGCAGGGCGGGAGGUACUUUCUGCGACAUGACCAGGCCUAAACCCACUCUUCCUAAACCUGCUGUUCCCUUCCAGGAAAAGCUUCAUCAGGAGUUGUCCAAAUUGAAAAAAUCUGCCCGCAGACUAAUGAUGGAUGUGGACGAGCUCCCGUCCCGUCCUGUGGAGUACAUUGUGGGCAGUCCACUGCAGCCUCACAAACCAGCUGGGCCCUCUCCUUCAUGCCUUAAUCUCCAGUCUGGCCAACGCAGAAGAAGGAAGGUGGCUUUGAUGCAGCACGGCCUUCAGGGAGACUCAAAGAGCACAGGACGUGCAGUGAAGCUGCCCGAGAAGUUGCCCAAACCUGAGUUGGGCAGGGAAGGCUCCAAACUCCCCAGAAGCAUCCCUACCGUUGCUGCCUCAACAACAAAUCCACAGUUCCCCAGAGAUCGCACAUUCAGAGCGAUGUCUAAACAACAAGCCCAGCAUCUUCAAGAGGUGACUGGGACUGUGUUCAAAGAAGUAACAGGGAAGCUGAAGGCAAUGCAUCAGCCUGCCUGCUCCUCAAGGAGGGCUCCCCAGAAGAACGGGCAACGAGUGCUUAGGAGUGCCAAAAGAGCAGAGCCUUCAGAGAUGCCACCUUUAAGUCACAAGCAGGAAAUUGCACUGCUGGCCUGGAAUGUUGCAGGGAAGAUAGUGAAGAAAGUUUGGAAGUAGAAUUCCUUUGAACCCAGCACAUCCAGUGCACCUGAGCCAAGGCCAGCAGCCAGGCUGUGGGAGCAGUCCAUUGCUGGGAUGACCUGCAGAACAGGAAAACCCAAGGAAGGGAAGGAAGCCUCUGACAAAGCAUCCUCGCAGGCUUCCCUCCACAAAGCCACCUGAGAAGCCGCUGGAAGUGUUUCCAGCGUGUUGCAAUCCUUUGUAGCUUCUCCCUCGGAGGAAGACUUCUGCUGCAAACAUUCUGAAACCGUGGAGCUUCCCAUCAACCGUCUCUCUCAGAGGCAGCCGCAGCCAUCCCAGGUGCCUCUGUCGUGGCAGAGCCGGAAGGAAGGACGAGGCUCAUCAGAAGAGCAGAGCCCAGCAACAAGCCAGAGAGAAAAGCUGCCCAUGAUCCAACCAGUACCGAGCGCUGCUGAGGUCUCACAUCUGAGCUGCAGCAUUUGUCAGCAGUUUAUGGGCUGGUUUGGCCCGGUUCCGUAACUAAUGAUCCCGGUCCCUUUGAUCGCCGAUCUCAGCUGCCUCGGAGCCGUCUCGGACGGAUCAGCAGCGACCGACCGCGUGGUUCAAAGGGAUUUUGGACAGUUCCUUCCCUCAGGGAACCUCGGUGCCAACGAAGCAGCCCGGCAGCUCUCACGAGAGCGGCUGACGCAGCGCGUGGGCGUUGCCUGGGCAACGGCGGGAGAUUUCAACGGGCUCCAAACCCGGAAGAAGCCCUUUGAUCGCCGAUCUCAGCUGCCUCGGAGCCGUCCCGGACGGUCAGCAGCGACCGACCGCGUGGUUCAAAGGGAUUUCGGACGGUUCCUUCGCUCAGGGAACCCCGGUGCCAACGAAGCAGCCCGGCAGCUCUCACGAGAGCGGCUGACGCAGCGCGUGGGCGUUGCCUGGGCAACGGCGGGAGAUUUCAACGGGCUCCAAACCCGGAAGAAGCCUGGUGGGCCAGGCCCUGAGGCAUGGAAAGAACAACCCAGCUCAGGGCUGAGCUAGCACAGCGUGCCGGUGUGCAGGUGACCUGGAAAGUUGCUUGCUUGCAAACAGAGCACUGUGGCAGCCGUUCUCUCCUGCCCUCAUUGCACGGCUGAAACAGAGUGCUGGCCCCCAUCUGCAUAAAGCAUCAGCACGCAGGGCGGGAGGUACUUUCUGCGACAUGACCAGGCCUAAACCCACUCUUCCUAAACCUGCUGUUCCCUUCCAGGAAAAGCUUCAUCAGGAGUUGUCCAAAUUGAAAAAAUCUGCCCGCAGACUAAUGAUGGAUGUGGACGAGCUCCCGUCCCGUCCUGUGGAGUACAUUGUGGGCAGUCCACUGCAGCCUCACAAACCAGCUGGGCCCUCUCCUUCAUGCCUUAAUCUCCAGUCUGGCCAACGCAGAAGAAGGAAGGUGGCUUUGAUGCAGCACGGCCUUCAGGGAGACUCAAAGAGCACAGGACGUGCAGUGAAGCUGCCCGAGAAGUUGCCCAAACCUGAGUUGGGCAGGGAAGGCUCCAAACUCCCCAGAAGCAUCCCUACCGUUGCUGCCUCAACAACAAAUCCACAGUUCCCCAGAGAUCGCACAUUCAGAGCGAUGUCUAAACAACAAGCCCAGCAUCUUCAAGAGGUGACUGGGACUCUGUUGGAAGAAGUAACAGGGAAGUUGAAGGCAAUGGAUCAGCCUGCCUGCUCCUCAAGGAGUUUGUGAGCAUUUGUCAACAGUUUAUGGGCUGGUUUGGCCCAGUUUGGUGACUACCAUCUUAGCAUCAUUAGACUAGCAUCUUAGGCUCAAGGCAGACAGCCCGUCCCUCCAGCACGUCCCGGUCCCCCUGCCAAGAGAGGAGCUUAGUGCCCAGGGCCAAGGCCAAGGAGCUCAGAGCACCUCCUCCAAGUCCACAAUUAAAAGUUAACAGCCAUAGUCCUUGCUUGUGCCAACAUUACUUCAAUCCAGGCCAUGCUGUGCUUGCGGAUUUUCCCUGUGAUCUGCUUUCUCCUCUGCCUGCCUCCUCCAGCCUCCAUCAGACUGAGACCCAACAUAACAGAGCAUUGGAACUAGGGAAGGGAGAGGUGGCUGCAGAGAAGGACCUGGGGGUCCUGAUGGCCAAAAAGCAGGAUGUGAGCUACCAGUGUGCUCAUGCAGCCCAGAAGGCCAACUGCCUCAACUGGGCUGCAUCAACAGAGCGGUGGCAGGAGACAGGGAGGGGACUGCCCUACCCUGCUCUGCCCUUGUGAGGCCAUACCUGCAGUACUGCAUCCAGGCCUGGGCCCCCCACUGCAAUAAGGAGGAGGAGCUACUGGAGCAGACUAAACUGCCAGAUAUCUGCACAUGCAACGAACUGAGCGUUAGUUGUGCAUCCCACCAUGCAGAUCUUCUAGGUUUAUACAUCACCAACCACCAGGUGUUGAGGACCCACAUCAUCAAAUUUAUCACCUGGAUCCUAGUUCUGAUGAGCCCAGAAAAAGACACAGGCUCUCCCUUUUACUGAGCUUCUUUCUGGGCAAAAUGUGGGAAAUGCCUCCUUGGACGUGUGCUGUAGAGACAGCAAGCACUCAUAUUCAUUAUUCUUGUCCAGACUGAUAGUAUCCAGUUGCUUUGUGCUGGACUUGGACUGGGUACAGCUUUUCUAGAGCUCCAUAUUCCCACUUUAAGCCAACUGAAAGCCUAUUGCUCCACUGCUUGUUGCAGGGAAGGACAGCCUCUGAAUGAUUCAUAGCUGCUGCUACGGCACUAAUUUCGUAUUAGUCUGUUAAUACACCUACCACACGUGUAAAGGGCUUUAAAUGUGAUGUAUGUUAAUAAUUCUGGUACUGAAUUACAAAUUUAUAAUCAGGCUCUCCCUGCCUGAAUACAGAGCUGCCCUGUCCCUCUUGUCACAGCUGCUAAGAAACCCCGGGGAGUUUCACUGUGGGCUGCUCCACACAUCAGUCUUGUUACGGAUCUGUGUGUUGCCGUGCUUGCUUACUUGGCCAGGAAAAAUAAUAUUAGAACUUGCUCUUUUUUUGCAAUUUCCAGUGCUUCUAGCUCUGGCAGGGCUGCAGAAACACAGCUGCAGGUGGUUUCCACAGUUUCUGCCCACGUGGGAAGCCUGAAUAAUGGUGCCUAAAGAAAGAAAAUGCAAAGGUUCCCAGGUGUUAGCUGUCCUUGCAGUGGUUAAAGUUUGCAGUGAGCUCUGGGCAGCAAAUUCAUUGUGGUACUGACCUGAAUGGGAGGAGGUCCUGCUUUCCUCAUGGUAUGCAAUGCUUUCCAUAUCAUGGGCUCAUGGUGGCCAGACAGCUGUGCCAAAGAAAGCAGGCAAGACAUUCUUUUCUCAGCGGCCAGCCCUCAUGGUUUGGAUAGCAACAUGCUCUUCAGAAAUCAGUAUGCCAUUUGUUCCCUAUCGCCAAUGCCAAGGGAGGAAGGAGGCCAGUGACAAACACAUUAUAUAAACUUCUGUGAAUGCUAUCAGGCUUUUAUUAUUAUCUCCUGGCUAGGUUGUUAUUCUGCUCCCUUGAUGAUUUCUUCCAUUCCAAUUCUAUCAGAGCUGUGUCUGUCAGCCUGCUGCACUAAUACAUAUGCUUUUGCCUCCUUGCCCCUUAUUAGCUACAGGAGAAAGCAGGUUUGGUGGUUUCAUCUCAGAGAAGCAUAUAACUCCUCCACAUCACAGUACCCCAGGGGGACAAGGCUCUGCUGGCCGACCCAAAUCUACAGGAUGUAUGUGGCUAUAACAGAAGCAACCUGCUGAGCCCUUCAUUAUGCCUCUGCACAAACGCCACAGGCUGUUUUCUGUGUUGCUAAACACACAUCAGCAUGAAACAAAAGCAGCCUGGGGAGGUGAGAGGUGGGGGAGUGGGGAGCUCUGCUCUGCUGGAAGCACCAGCAAGAAGCACGAAAAGGAAGGCUCACACUGUCAGUAAUUAAUUGCUCGUGUAAGGUGUCCCUUUAUUUUUUGAGGAGCUCAGACUACUUAGCAGUUGACAUCUAGGCACUGGAUCAGUUCACAAUCCACUUAUUCUGCCAUUCUGUAUCCACACAGACAAUCGAGUAAUUCCAGGAAAUAUGACUGGGACACUGAAAAGUCUCCAUUUUAGCCCCGCUCUCUGUGUGGCCUGUCAUUCAGUCACUUCUUGAUGAGCUUCUGUUUACUUAUUUAGAAGCGGAGUUAAGGACACUCAUGAUUUUUCUCCCAGUGAGGGUAUUUAAGGGAGCCCUCGGUGACAGCAUUCUUUGGCUAGUUUCUUCAUGUCCUUAGGCCAGCAUGUCUUAAUGUUCUUUGAGUGGUACCAACAGAGCUGCUAGGGCCUGUAUGACUCAGGUACUCCUGGAGAGGGAUUACUUAAUUGCUUCCUAGCACUAAGUUGUUAGAAGUUUGCUUCUGCUCUGAAAUGAGAAGUUUGAGCUCGCUCUCCCAUACCUAAGAGGCACCAAGGAAGACAGCCAAAACCUGCAGCCUCUCUCCAGCCCUCUCUGUAACCUGGCAGAUGCACCCCUUGUGUUUUACAGCUCACCAACCUGAGACUGCUGUUGUGUUUCAAACUGAACAGCUGAAAACGCAGCCAAAAUCCUAAAUUCUUCAGGGAACUGGGAAACAGGCCAAGCAGAAACCACUUAUCAGAGCUGCCUGCAUGGAGGCUGUGGUUGAUAUCCGUGGGGUGUCAGUCCCCAUUGGUCUUAUGCCCAGCAGCACCACGAGUGCUUGUUUGUUCAGUAAGCCUGGUCCUGCCUUCCCAAUGUAGGAGCUCCAGGGUCUUGGCUGUGCCAUGGAAACAGAGAUUUGUAUUCACAUCCAGCCAUCAGCAUGUGAUGUGAUGCAGUGACAGGCAUAAAGUUCCUCAAUAGAGUUGUUACAUGAUUAAUAACAACAGGAGCAGCUUAAUGGAUAAAGACAUUCCCUCUACCUGGUAUCCAUCCUGGGACUUACUGCUGUAGAGCUUGAAUGAACUGUGUGAGGAUGUUAUUGCUAAUCAGUGUGCAUGAGUGCAGCCUGAUACCAAAGGCUGCUGCUAAACAGCUUGCUCUAUGCCACGUGCUAGAGACCCUGCCUUCCCAUGAGCCAGAGCAGCUGUCAGUGCAGUCAAAGUGUGGUUUGCUUCCCUUGGUUUUCUUCACCAUGAUGGGAAAGUGCUGUCCUUCCCAGCAAUCACCGUUCCUCUCUGUAGAGCGUUUGAAUGCAUCAGAUUGUGUGAGGCACCCUGGCAUAAUUCACCCUAUCGAGAAAAGAUAAACAAUUCUUUCAAAACCACCAUAUAUGUCAGUAACAACUCCUCUGAAAUAUCUGCAAGCCUAUAUUUUAACCUCCAUUUUCACCUCCCUUGAAAGAAUGUACAGCAAAACGCCUCAGUGACAGAAAAUCCUAGCUGGUUGCAGCAGUCGUCAGGCUGGAGCAUGCUGCUGCUCAGCUGACAGAAGUUCUUCUGUUUCUAUAAAGCAGAGUGACUCAAAACAGCUCAGCAGCAUAUCCUGAAGCUCUUCCUGGGAAGCCUGAUCAGGGAACAAGGACACAUCACACUUCUCUUGCUUUUCGUCUUUUGCCUGAAACCACUUUGCAAAGGUUGAAAUCUCACUUGAUUCCCACUUGAGAUAGGAGAGCAGAGUGCUUCCGUGCUGGGAGGUCCCAAAGCAGCUGCAGGUCCCAGCAUCUGUCAUGUAAUAGACAUGUGAAGGUUAUAAAUGCACAUCCACAGCUUGAAAUCUUAUGCCUUGGCCAGCUGAAAGUCCAUGUCCUGUUGCUGAAAUCUUCCUGUAAGUGCCACGAUUCAGGUUGUCAGUUCUGUGCUCUACAAGGUAGGGGAAACCCCACUGCUAGAGGAGCCCAUGGCCAAAACACGGGAGGGUUUCUUCUUCUGCCUCCUAAAAGUGACUCCUGCAUUAGGAUGAGAGGAGCAGACAGCUGUUUGAUCCAGUGAUUGUAAAUGGAGACCAGGCAGCCACCUGGCAUGGAGCUCAUCUAGUUCUAGCUUGGAGCAUGAAACCAACAAGUGGGUCAAACAGUGGGCUGGCAGAAGGCAUCGCUGCUGUGCUAUUGAUGAGGAACUCUGGACUAAGAUCUGGGCACAGAUUGGUGGUCUUUGCCAAGGACACAAACACCUAGCAUCACCACAGCGCUGCCUUGCAGCUGGACCACCUCCCCUCUGAUUGCCAUCUUCUCAUCUCAGCCCCUUUGCAGAGCUGCCCGAGGUGUCAGCAGCUGACCUUGACCCAUGGGCAGCCUUGCUCCAUGGGACAGCAUUUCUGAAGCUCUUCCCUCAUUUCUAAACAACGCUGAGGUGCACUGACUUCCUCUCCCAUUCUGCUGCAACUCUUUAUUUCACACUUGUUACUGGAUUAUUUAUAGUAAUUCUGCAGAGUGUUUUGGAAUCGGUAGAAGGGCACAGCACUAAAUACAAUAGCAUCACCUCAUGAGAUCUGACAUUUAAAAACAGGGGACCUAAUUACUGAAACCAAGGGAGACAGCAAAUGUCAGGAAAAGCCAGUGGCUGUUGGCUUGAUGCUGCGACUCCUGAAUUGCUGCCCAUGAUCUGCAGCAGGCAUGGGAGUGGUUUGCAGCCCCUGGUUUAUCCUGUUGAGCUCACAACCUAGGAGAACCCCAGCACCUCUUCAGGGAACGCAACAAGUGUUGCUUUUUGCCGUGCUGUCUGAAAACAAUGACCAUGACUGAUGGAUAUGCCUGCUGCCACCACCAGCCCCACACCCUUCCACUUGAGUUGGGAGGGUCAGACACAUGCCUAGACCUGACCCUAAGGCUUCCAGCCAGACACAGGGGGUCUAAAGUGAAUAGCAGCAUCACUGCGUGCUUUCUUCUCACAGAGCAAUUCCAGCAUAUCCAAGCUGUCUGAAAUAGUGCAGCUGCCUAAAAGCCCAAGUUAACAUUCACGCAUCGUGCGACAUAUCAAAUACAUCCACCUCUCAUCGGCAGCUUCAAACUGUCUUGACAGUUAAUGAGCUAGGCACAGACUCUAAACCAGCAAGUUGUAACUGAAUAAAUAUGAUAAACAACCCGAUUCCAGAUGGCUUUUUAUGUAACAC